UCGUUUUAAAAAAAAAAAAAGAAAACAUUCUUCAUCUUUACUGAAACCUGUAACUUACCCCUGGCGUUAAUUAACCCAUUAGAAAAAGGAUGAAAACCCGUCACACUAGGGUAUAAACGUCAUUUUAUGACUUUUGAUUAGAAGUCAUUAAAAAAUUCAAAUCUCUUCAAAUUUACUCUAACAAGUUUAUUACUGUCCUAACAAUUUUCUUUUCGAUCAAAUUUAUCAAAAUGUAUUAUUUAUUAUAUAGUUUUUUCAUUGUACAGGUAUACAAGUCAAUUCAUAUGGAAUGGUUUAUUUGCAACUUUUUGAUAGUUUAGGGGGUUAUUUGUUUUACUAGGGAUAUAGUAGCAAUAUACAUAUAAGAUGAAAGUGCUGAUUCCACCAAGUAUGAGAAUAUAUUAGUUGCAGUGCAGUGCAGUGCAGUGACUUGAUGCAAAUUCUGACUGAAAUUAUUUAGGAAUGUUUUCAAUUCAGUCCCUUAAUUCUAAUGUUCCUAGCUUAUAUGCAGGACUACUUGGGCCAAACAUUUUUUUUGUCAUCUAAAUGCACCUCUCUGUUAGUUUCCAUGCAUUGUCCUCGUAAGUUAAAAUCCCUGUAUCUAAAAUUUCAACGAUGUGGAAUGACCUGCGAUUUAUGCCCCGGUGUCUUAAAUAUUUGGUAGCUUGAGGUAUGAGGAGGAGAUCUGCAGGGUUCAAAACCAAUAUUGUAUAUUAUAUAUAUGUUUUAGGUAUUAAUUUUUAAUUAGAUAUGUUCUGCAAAGACAAUUCAAUUGCUGUUUUUUUCUUAUCUAUAACAGUGAUCCGUUUUCUGAAAGCAUUAAUGUUCUGCGUUCUAGUUGCUCUUCAAGCAAUAGAAUUUCAGUGACUAAGGAAGAUAUAUCAAAAAAGAAGGAAGAAAACAUGCAUGCCAGUGAACUACUCAGCCAUAUGUGUUCCCCAGUAUGGACUUUCGAUUCUAAACAUGUUGGAGUAUACUUUGAGGCAAUAAAAAGAGCCAUCAAAUGUGGGAAUGUUGAAUUUGUCGAGGAAGUUCUGAGGUCGAAUCCUGCUUUGUUAUGGGGGAAUAGGAAAAGCGGAAGCAUAUUUCACAUUGCUGUUGCUUACCGUCAGGAGAAAAUAUGGAACCUCAUAUAUGGUUUAACAUCUGUACAGAGAAACAAAAUCCUUGGAACUCUGUUAGAAAAGAACAGCAUACUACAUAUAGCUGCAUGCCCGAUGGUAACCUCUGAAAUCAUAGGAGUUCCAGAUGAAGCUUCAAAAAUGUUGCAACAAGGAGAACAACCGUUCUGGAAGGUAUUCACUAAGGCCCCAGGUGCAGCUAUGAAAGUGCAGAGAGAACUACAAUGGUACAAGGUGGAUGUAGAGAGGAUGGUACCAUCUUCAUACAGAAUUCUUGCUAACGAAAAGGGAGAAACACCUCCAGUUUUGUUCUCAAAAUGGCAUUCUGAAUUAGUCAAAGAAGGAGAAAAAUGGUUGAGAGAUACAGCAACAUCAUGUACGAUUGUGGCCACUCUCAUUGUCACUGUUAUGUUUGCUGCAGCCUUCACAUUACCAGGUGGUACUGAUGAUGAGUCAGGGAACCCCAAGUUCCUAGGGCGUAACUCCUUUAUGGUUUUCAUUAUAUCAGAUGCAUUAUCUCUAUUUUCUUCAGCUACUGCAGUGUUAAUGUUCCUAAGCAUCCUCACUUCACGCUUUGAGGAAAAAGACUUCCUCAAGGCAUUACCCAAAAGAUUGAUAAUUGGUCUUGCCGCCCUUUUCGUGUCUAUUGCCGCCAUGAUGGUAGCUUUUGGUUCCACUCUUGUUAUUGUGCUUGGCGAACGGAUAAGCUGGGCUGCUGCUCCAGUCACUUUGCUUGCUAGCGUCCCAGUAACCUUAUUUGAUUUACUGCAAUUUCCGUUGUUUGUUGACAUGGUCUCAUCUACCUAUGGUGGUAUCUUCAAUAGAAAAACAAAAUGUUCCUUCUUCAACAACCCAAAUAACUAUGUUCCCGGAGAAGGCAGAGAUUCUUUUAAUGUAUAAUUAAUAUGCAAUGAUUGUGGAUAUU